UAUACCAAACACUUUGGUAAUAGUCAAACUGAUUAGUAAUUUUGAACAAAUUAUUUGGUAUUAUUUACCAAACCAAAUUUCUCCAACUAAAUGUAGAAUUUGUUUCGCCAAUCAUUUUGUAGUUAUUACUACAGAGGGUGUAACUACAUUGUGCAAAAAACACUGCUACACUGAAAAAAAACACUGAAGAACUUAUUUGUGGGAUAUAAAGUUUAUUUCUGUGAAUAAACUUUACAUUCCACAAAUAAAUUUUUUUAUCUCUGUAUAUUACCAUAUUUAAUUACCAAAUAUUGCAUUAAAGCGCUCGAUCAAAUGCAUUUGUUAACUAUUGCAAGACUGUUCAGUGUUACGUUUACCGCGCAACUUCUCGUGUUUUUUAUUAUACAAUUGUAUUACUUCGGGUAUUGUAUUUUUACAUUGACAAUUUUAUUCAUAAAAAUUUUUCGAUUGAACUAGAAUUUUCGCGGAGCAGUGAUUGAGGCCGUGCAACUUCGAUUUUGUCAAGGAGCAGGCGACUUUUGGAUAGAUAAAUUUGAGUCAACACAAAAAAAAUCAGCUUGAACGGAAGUAUACUAUGUCGUUAUAGUAUUCGGGCUCUUCGUAUAUUAUUAUCCAUGCCUGAUACAUGCGCGAUGUUAAUCAAUCUUUAAUGGAUGUACUGAUUCAAUAUAGAAGGCGUAGCCUAUUCACUGUUACCGUCGAUAUUUGCUUCGUUGCCGGUUUUUACUAGCGACGCAUGUGACGUGAAGCAGAAUAUAGUCUUGGAAUUUUCCAAGAACGUUAUUUUUACUUGCUUUUUCCGUGAGCUAUUACUAUUAAUCCCUCCGGCGGUUUCGCAUUUUUCCGUCUCGUGACCGGUCAUCUCGUGUGUUGUAUACACGCGGUGAUGGCCGUCGGAAAUAUGAUUCAUUUUUUGUAUAUUAUGAUAUGAAAGAAUGCGCUUCAAGAUAUAUUUUAUUUUUCAAGAUAUAUUUUUCAAGAUGUUGAAAAUAGAACCAGAGAGAGAGAGAGAGAUAAAAUAUAUAAGAAAUACAUUCAUUGUUAGCUGAAACAUGAAAGUGAAGAAAAAAUGUAUUAACAAAGAUGAUAAUGAUAAUAGGUCGUAAUAAUUAAUAGGUCACAAAAGACAAAGAAAAAGAAAAGCAAACAAUAGUAUAGAUAGCAUUUACAAAAAGAUAUCGUCAAUAAUCGAAACAACAAUGCAAUAGCUGCUAUAACUUUCUUUCUGCCUUUUCUCUGAAAAAUUAUAAUAUUUAAUAAUGUAAAGUUUAGAAAAUAACGCGAAAUAAACACUAAACAAUAUUCAGUAUUACGAUUAGAGGAUUAGAAAGUAACGAGAGAUAAACACGUUAAAGAAAUUCUACAUUCCGAUUUUAGUUAGGAACCGUGUAAAAAUUAAGGAUAUCUACGCAGAAAGAAAAAGUUUCGAUCAAUCCAUUUCUGAUGAAAUGUGAACAAACCAGAAAAUUCCGGUUAAAGUUACCAGAAAUCUCGUUGACUUGAACAUAAUUUUGCUAACUUCAACCGGAAUUUCGGGUUCGUUCAUAUUUUACCAUGAAUUUGUUUAAUCCAACCAAAUUUCUUUCUCUGUGUAAGAUAAGAACCUUCAGAGAGGCCGCUUUGAAUUUUCCUCAGCAUUAUCUAAUGUCGCAUAUAAACGGACAAGCGAGUAUAUAUCAUUUCAAUCCGUUGCACACCGUUCAUUAACAUCGCACAAGUCACUAAAAAUGACGCGCUACAUGUCCUUCGCCAGGCGUAACAGCAGUUACCGCGAGUGCGACUUACGCAAUUACAAGAAAAAGAAACGAAAGGACCUUUCAUGGUUCACUGGCGGGCGUUGAUAUUCUUAUUUCAUUCCGGACACACAACCGCUCGAGUGGCAAAGCCGCGCCGUUCACGAUCGGGCGAACACGCAUAUCGAUUAUGCACGGUUUGCACUUAGCACGACAGAGCACGCUAUGCCGUUUCUCGUCGCCUCAUCUCCGCUUACGAAAGAAAUAUCGCUGUGAUAAUACGGGUAUGUAAAUCACGACGGGUCGCCACAUAAACGAGAGGACGUAUGAUAACGCGCAGAUGACGGUUUCUCGAGUUAAGCUAGGCACGUAUCUAGGAUCCGCAAGGUAACAGUGAAGAAUGAAACUGGUAUUUGCCGAACAAAUGAGUCUAACGUUCUUGGGAAAUUAUGGCGUACAAUCGAUCGAUCAUUGUUGGGAAAUUGACAAAUUUCAACCCUUUCCCUACUAAUUUUGUUUUUUAAAGAUACGAUUUUUUUUAUUUUCAUUUCAUUAAAUAUUUUAAUAUAUAUAAUUUUCCAAGUGGAAUUUGAAACGAAAUAUAAGCGAAUACAAGCAAAUAUUUUCAUUCUAUAGAAUAAAAAAUCAUUUCGAAGAAAUUUAAGAGAAUAUCCCAGGGUAAGAUUAGAAUCUUUCCUGUCCAGGAGUUUAGGUCCCUUUUUUAAUCAUUGCACUACCUCUUUGCCUAUCUGAAUAUCUUUUGUUCGAUAACAAUGACAUAAUAAGGUCAUAAUAACGCUACAAUAGUGGUCCGAAGAAACGGCGCUCAACUCUAAAAUAAUAUUUUUAGAUACAUAAAAGAAGAAAACAUAUAGAAUUAUAUACAAUAACGCUUCAUUAUGUAGAGAUACAGCUAUCAGAUGUCAAUCUUUCGUAUUCGCUAUAAAAAAAUCGCCAAAUUUGUCUCUCGACGGGAUUUUACUUCAGAAGUCAGUGUGCAGAGAAAAAUACCAUUUUCCUCAUCAUUCAAGUUCACGGGCAUACCCUGGGAUUAAUUUCCUCUGCCACUCAAACGCACAGACAUCUGGAAUUUAAUAUUUUCGCCAAUCAAGUCCAUGGUGGGCCCGCUGUGCUUGCGAUAUCGCCCGAGCCAUCUGCUGGCUACACCACUGAUUCCACAUAUGUGAAAAGGUUUGAGGAAUAUUGGGCAUGCUAACCAGGGACCGCGUUACCUGACAGCACACACGAGCAGAGCCAAUCGAGAGAGGUUCAUUCGUCUCGUGGCGUUGCCGCGCUCUAAUACGUCAGUCUAUGUUUGCCCGGCCGUCAGCGAAGGCGACGUCCGACGUAACGCGGUCUAACGCGAACGGCGAAAACAACAUUUCACAGUGCCGUCGAGGAGAACAAGCAUGUCAGAUCGCGACCAGACUCGCCCAGGUUACUUGACGUCGCGAACGCGCCCGUGCAACGCUGCCAGAAAAUAACUGUGACAGUGAUGAAACCUGAAUUUUGACUUCACCUCUGCGCCAAUGAGAGGAGCUCGUCAAUUGUUCCGGCGUUAAUUGCAGCUUUGGAUUAAAUAUUCCGAUUUCUAGCUCGCGCGUCUGGCUCACCAUUAAGUGAAAUCUUCCUGACGCGCAAAAACUCGCACGAUUUUGCAAGUUCCUCGCUCAGUCUUAUCGGCAUUGAACUUUCACGGCUAUACGCUGUCGUGCAGAUCCGUUUGCAAGUUCUUGAAAGCACUCUUAUUGAUAUUCAGCAUGUCGCUUCAAAAGGACUUGUAGCUAUCAGUAGCAGUCGUCAUCGCCGUCAUCGGCGUCAUCGUCGAGAACGUUUGACAGGAAGUGGUCGAAACGACGAAGGAAAGUUUCUGACGGAAAGGCACUACGUGAAUUUCACGCUCGACAACUCACGAAGCUCAACGGAGAGAGAAGCACGCUCGGCCCCGAAAAGUGCGUCGUCCGCGUGUGUGAGGUCGACGACACCUGGACGAACGAUUUAAAAUUAUGUUAUCCACUUGUUGAGAACAAACACGCGGCCUGAACGACCGAGUGAGUGCGGUAGAAUGCGUAAGUGAAUUCCAGUGAGGUCGAGCAAAUAAAGCUUAACCGGCUUAUCGCGACUGGGAGGAUUCGGAAGGCGUCAAGAUGAUAACCGUGCCGAUGUCAAGCUCCAGUCCUUACGUGAAAGUCACAUCCUACAGCGACGCCAGUGCGAUCGCCAAAACAUCCUUGUUUUCUAAAAACAUGAGGGAACAUUCGGCAGCCCAGCGGAUGGAGAGAGAUAAGGACUUGCCGCAACGGUCGCAAAGUAGUGCGGCUAGCUUAACGUCUAUACACGUCGAUUUAUCUCCCAGUUCUUCUCAAUUCUUCGAGGUAUUCUACGUUGGUAAAAUUAAAUUAUCGUACCCUAAAGUAACGGAAUCGUUUAUCGAUGAUACCUUGAUAAGGUUUCGUAUUCACGAACUCGAGAAGUCGAGAUCAUCGACGAGUAAUCUCCUGUCAGACUGUCAACGGUUAAAACGCCAAGCUUUGACGUCUUCCAUUAAUAGAAGGAAUAGCACGGAAUCCACCGCCAGUGAAUCAGGCAGUAUCGAAAACGUGUCGGGAAACAGUAUAAUUCCAUGCGUGAAUCCGCUUGGAGUUUCGCCAGUCCUAAGUGGCUCCGCAGAAACUUUUCCAAGAACAAACGCCAAUCCUGUGGAAAACAAUGAUCGUAAAGAGAAUCGGACGUCCGAGUCUUCCUCUACUUCUAAUAUCACUGUACCUGAAGUCAUGCGAAAUCGCGCGGCGUCUACCGGCAGUGUUUUAACUGGCAGAAGAGAUUCUACCUCUAAGACUAACGAUAACAAUCGCGCUAUCCUCUUUCAGGUAGGACGAUGCGACUUGAUAUUGAUCAGCCUCCACACAAAACAGCCAGUUCUGAAGAAGCAGUUAAAAGACGUGAUCAACUGUAUGCAAGGCGUAAAAAAUCCCGAUCACUUCGGAUUUAUUUGCAAAGAAUCGGACUGCUUCAUCGGACAUAUCUUCAAAUGCGAAUCCGUGUCAGUUGCGGAUGAUCUUGUCGCAGCAAUCAUUCGAGCCCCCGCUGCGAUUUGUGAUGUCACAAGAAAGGGAAGGUAUCCUGUCAUUUCUUGCGAGCAUUGUCCUAUGUACUGGUACGACAAGCUAAAUCAAGAUAUUAAAGGACAAACUGACAGAAAAGUGCAAAAUAUCAUAUUUUCGCGUAUGGAAUUAUUGCCGGAAGAUGAGCAAGAGAUCGUUGUGAACAAGUUCAAAGGUGCCGAAGCGGCGGGUAACAUCGGUGUAAGCUCCUCGAAUCUCCAAGAACAAAAUCAAUUCCUAAUGCGACUGUUGCGUGCUCAUUGCGAGGCAAAACAAAUUAGACACGUACACGACACGGCUGAGAAUAGGAGUGAAUUUCUCAAUCAGUAUCUAAGCGUCGGUGUGGGCAGCACAAUGUUCAAGAAGGCACGUUCUUUAGCAAAUAGUUUUGACAACUUUAUGAAAAGGAAAGGUUCCCGUGACGAUUUUGGUUUGGGUCAUUUGAGGGAUGCUAGUCAUCUUGCAGGAAUGCAAAAGAAUGACAGCCAGAGCCCAGACAACUCACGACAGUCACCUGUAUUGGGCACUUCGCCGGAGAUGGGAAGACGAAGAUCCUUGCGCGUCUCUCCCGAACAAAUAGUUGUGAAGAAUGGAUCAAAGAGUUCUAUGAUGGACAUCUUUUUCAAAGUCGGAAACUCGCCAAAAACGUCUCCUACGGAGACUGACGGAAACACGAUUCCAACUAAUAGCUCGUGGCGACAAACGAUACUAAACAAAGUCGUGACACCGAAUAAAGCUUACAACAUCAAAGAAAUUGAUAAAGUUGGAAGGCUCGGUAUCGCUGAGAACUCGGAGACACCCACUAAGCGCAGAACAAAACAAGAAUUACGAGACUUGUGGAAAAAAGCAAUCAAUCAACAGCUGAUGCUUAUCAGAAUGGAGAAAGAGAACGCAAAACUUAGUGAACGUCAAGAGGAGGCAACGGUAAAAAGAAACAAAUUGGAAUAUGACGAGCUCAGCAGCUGCAUCCAUCCGGUAGAAAUAUGGGACAUUUGCGUUAACAAAGAGUCGCGAAUCUCUACGAAAUGUGAUAAUCAAAUGCUUUUACACGCUAUCAAGCAAGGUGUACCAAAAGGGAAGAGAGGCGAGGUUUGGUAUUUUCUGGCCGAACAAUUCUGCUUAAAACAACCGCCUAUGGACACGCAAGAUUUCCCAUAUUAUAACACACCAUAUAAGUUACUUGUGAAGCAACUUACACCUUAUGAUCAUGCUAUUUCGAUCGAUCUGGAAAGAACAUUCCCGGGCUAUCCGUACUUCAGUUUACCCAUGGAAGAUACUAAUCGUCCACCAGGACAGUUGGAGCUGUUUAACUUGUUAAAGGCCUACUCCUUGUUAGAUUGCGAAGUCGGUUAUUGUCAAGGCCUGAAUUUUGUCGCUGGAGUACUCCUCCUGCAUAUGCCGGAAGAUCAGGCCUUUUUCUUGUUGCGACAUCUGAUGUUUCGCCGAGGACUCAGGAAAUUGUAUCUGCCAGACAUGUCAGCGUUACAAUUGCACUUGUAUCAACUUUCUAGACUGCUACACGACCGGUUACCAAACAUCUACAAUUACUUCGAGAAACACGACGUUUCGCCCACUUUAUACGCUACUCCGUGGUUUUUAACUUUGUUUGCCAGUCAGUUUCCUCUUGGUUUUGUAACUAGAGUUUUCGAUUUACUUUUUCUGGAGAGCUCAGAGGUUCUGUUUCGUGUAUCGGUUGCGUUAUUAGAAGAACAUCAAGAUCAAUUGUUAACUCGUAAUAGUUUUGAAGGAAUUAUGGAAUAUUUCAAGACAAACAUACCAGCAGUAGACAAACAAAUCUUAGAUCGUGUGAUGAAGCGCGUAUUUUAUCCCGACUCUGAGAUUACAAAGCAGUUGAACGAGUACAAGGUGGAAUACAGAGUACUUCAAGAAGAAAUGUUCUGGAUGAAACCGAAAAUGGAGAAAUUAGAGAAAUUCACUUUAAUAAACCAGCAACUCACGCAAGAAGUCGCACAACUUAGAGAACAACUCGAGAUCACCCUGAGUAAUUUACAAGUAAUGGAAACUACACGUACAAUGCAGCAAUCAAUGGCCCACAAACUCGAGUCUCAGAAUCGCAGUUUCGAAGUAACGAUAACAACAUUAGGCGCGUUCAUUCAGCAAUUAAUAGAUACGCGUGCUGAUAUCGACGUGCCGGGUGAUGUUCGUAGGAUAAUUACGCAGUUGAGCAUGGUCGAGAAACGACGAAAUAUAGGAAUCAAGUCGCAUCCUUUGAAACUUAUCGAGGAUAACAAUAAGCACAGAAUGAUAAAAAGUAACUCAACCGGGAGAGAAUCUCAAAAUCUUUUGAGGAGCAAUAGUAUAGCCGAACCACCGUAUCCCUUGAAGUCAACUUUAAGCCAACCCAAUUUAGCAACGAAAUCUGAGAAAAGCUCUUCAUUCUUCUCGAACUCGCACAAUCAUAUACAAAAGCAACGCGCGCAGUUAGCGGCUCUUAGGAACGAAUAUUCCGAGCAAGCGAUAAGAGGUAACAACGACGAGAACGAUCCCAAGACGGUCAAUAUCGAUAUUCAAAUAACGGACACUAUGAAUCUGGCCAAUAAUCCGGUUCCUCAGAAUGAGAAUAACUUAAAGGUUCCAGCAACUAAUUUAGAGAAAUCAAUAUCGUUGCCAUUGAAGUCUAAGUUGAAAAUAUCGAAGUCGGCGUAUGAAUUAGGAUCCGUGAAAAAGGUGCCCACCAGCAAAUUGGAAGUCACAGGUAACGACUCAUUAACGAAUUUGACGGGAACCGUACAUCCGCUGGAUACUUGCAGCGACGUGAAUUUCCGAUACGGCGGAACCACUAAAUUGAAGUCCAUCAAACCUGUCAGAUUAUCGUCUAGUCCGAACACUCAGGAAGAUGGCAGUAACAAACAAAAGGCUGACCAGCACUCCGAUUCUUGGACUAGAUAA